AUGGAGGAUCUACGUGGAGCAAGCGUACAAACGCGAGGAGACUUACCAAGGCCAUCAAGGGAAAUACAGCCGCACGAAGCAAAUUUAGAGAGGCAGCUCAGAGAGAUGAGGCAACGUGAAGAAAAUCUGCAAAGCCAACUAAGGGAGACACAGCAACGUGAAGAAAACACACAAAGGCAGUUGAGGGAGAUGCAGCAAAACUCUCAAAGACAGUUAAGAGAGAUGCAACAACGUGAAGAAAACUUACAACGUCAGCUGAGGGAGACACAGCAACGUGAAGAAAACUUACAAAGGCAUUUGAGGGAGACGCAGCAAAACUCACAAAGUCAGCUGAGGGAGACACAGCAACGUGAAGAAAACUUACAAAGUCAGCUUAGGGAGAUGCGGCAGCGAUUUGAAAACUCCCAACAACGGGUUUCCACCUUGGAAAGACAGCUUAGAGACAAAGACCAGGAAGUAAAUGAGCUUGUGUUAAGUCUUUCGUUAGCCCAGCAAACAAUAAGUGAACAGCAACAACAGGAAACAUGCGACUGGGUCAUUUCCCGCGAUGAAAUUCAAAUGACCAAUAAAUGCCUUGGCAGGGGAGGCUGGGGAAGUGUUUAUGAAGGCGUGUAUUGUGGCUGUACUGUAGCAGUAAAGCAAAUUCAUGAUCUGAUUCUCAGCCCUCAUAAUAUUCGUCUUUUUGAGAGAGAAAUAAAUAUUCCAUCCAAAUGCCGCCAUCCUCACUUGCUUCAGUUUAUCGGCGCCACUACCGAUGAAGGAAACCCUCUGUUUGUGACGGAGCUGAUGGAAAAAAGUUUGCGAGCUCUGUUAGAACAGCGACAACUCUCCGAGAUAGAAAUACGUAUCAUUCUUCUGGAUGUAGCCCGAGCAAUCAACUACCUUCAUCAGAAGAAACCAGAGCCCAUCAUUCACCGGGAUGUGAGCAGUGCUAAUGUGUUGCUAUGGCGACAAGGUGACCAAUGGAGAGGCAAAGUGUCUGAUUAUGGCACUGCUAAUUUCAUGCAGCAGACCAUGACAGUGGCUCCUGGAGCUAUGAUUUACAGUGCACCUGAGGCACUUACAUCAAACCAAACGGUCAAGGUGAGUUUUCUUGAAUUUAGAGCUUUUCUGAUUCAACACUGUUUCGUCAACACGUUUUAGAGUUAAAAGAAACGCGUUAGUGCAUUGAUCUUGAGCGCCUAGGAUUUUAAGGCCUGGUUGGUCGUUUACUCACACAAAAGAAACUCAACUACACUAUGUCCUUCUUCACCUCGGUGUAAAAUUGGAAGCCGCAAAUUGAUGCUCAUCUGUUUAGCUUUGUGUGAACCAGACUAACAUUCUGUGCUGAGUGGGAGUGGCAAUAUCUCUUCACAGUAAUUUUCAAGGAGUUAUAAUAACUCCUCUAGUGGGGCUAAUUUAAUUCCUUACAGUGGAAUUAUUUUUUGGGGAGUUAUUUUAACUCCAAAAAGGAGUUUAAAGAACUCUUUUUCAGGAGUAAAAGUGACCCCAGACAUUGAUGGAGUUAAAAUAACCCCCUAAAAAGGAGUUAUCCUGUACCUAAAAGUUUUACUCCACUUUCAGAGUUAAAUUAACUCCAAAAACAGUAAAAAACAACCCAUGUAAGCAGUGAAAAUAACCCCAUUUCGGAGUUAUUUUAACUCCAGACUGGGAGUAAAAAGAACUCUUUUUCGGGAGUAAGGUGACCCCAAAUCUGGAGUUAAAUUAGGAGUUAAAGUAACCCCCAAAAAGGGGUUAUCCUGUACCUAAAAUUUUUACUCCAUUUUUGGAGUUAUAAUAACUCCCUAAAAAUUACGGUGUUGCUGCUUAAUUCCCGGCCAAACGGUGGUAACGGUGUUAGUUUUAAGCUUCAUCGUUUGACCUCAAGCAUUCAUGGGUAAUCUCUACUAUUGAUCGUUUUCCAAGAGUUUACGCAACGAAAACAAGCUGUAGACGUGUGGUUUUAUCAUUAAUUGUUCAGUUUGAAAAUCGUACUGGAGACUUCACAUCUAAAUCUGAUAGAGUCAAACCUUUCCAAAACGACCGCCUUUGGGAGAGAGUAACGUCACGGCGUGGGAAAGUGGCCGUUACAGUGAAGUCAGUUCAAGGGUACCCCCCCUCCCCCCGCAAGAUUCCAAUAAUGAAUUUAUUUUGCGAAAGUUGAAUCCGUUGGUAGUUGUAGAUUUCUGAUUCAUCUCUGCAUUCUUAGAUGCACAAUUUGCCGUCAAUUCACACGCGAAGCAGUUCUGAUAUUUCUAUCAGCAUAGUUUCCCUGAACUUGAUGUAAAUGUAGCCUAAAUGUUUUCGAAGCAAUUUUUUCCAUUCAAAGAUUUUCAAUCUGACCAAAUACAGAAAAGUUCUCGUUGAAAUAUUCACUGCUCAUUACGCAUGCAGGAAUGCCGAUUGAAUUUGAAACUAGUUACGGGAACGACUAACGGAUCAUUUUUCAAAUAAUCAAUUCAUUAAUAGAACAUGAUGUUGGGGGGUACGCUUGACCUGCAUUGACUGUAAGGGGAGGCGGGGUGUAAAGUGACACCAUGGUUUAUUGGGGGGGGGGGGGGGGGGGGGAGGAGUUUGCAAUAUCUGGGUGAAGUUUAUCCUACAGCUUAAUAAGAUCACAAACAGAAUGUAAUACUUACAGUCAAUCCAGUUCAAGUGUAUCCCCCGAGAUUCGAUUAAUGAACUUAUAAUUCUAAAGUUGAAUCCGUUGGUUUUUGUAGAUUUCAGACUCAUCUCUGCAUUCCUGUAUGCUUAAUUAGCAGUUAAUUUACACGCGAGGUACAUGCAGUUACCAGUUCUAGCAGCUUAGUUUUCUUGAAUUUGAUGUAAAUGUCUUCAAAGCAGUUUUAUCCAUUCAAAGAUUUUUCAAUCUGACCGAAUACAGAGAGGCUAUCGUAAUCAAAUCACUGCCAAUCACUCAUACAGGAAUGCAGAUUUGAAUUUGAUACUGGUUGCGUAGUUACAAAGGGAAGGAAUGAUCUAAAAUGACCUAAAAACGAGCUACAACGGUAUCUAAAAUAAAUAUUGGAAGAUAUCUCAAAUAACCUUAAAUUAUUAAACUAAUACAGGCAAAAGGAUGUAAUUUCGCUGACCGCGCAUGUCGUUUCGAAAGAGUUCUUCUAUUAAAAUAUGUUUGUAACAUGUUUCCUUAAGAAUGCAACAAAGUUACGUUGACACACGACGCAACUGGAUUAGUAUGACACGUAAGCCUCCUAGUCACGCGGCGCGGAGAUGAUGGCGCGAUAAAAAGCUAUUUUGCCUAACAAAUCAGUUGCCAUUAGAGCUCACACCGCACUUGUUCUACAUCAAUCAAAACUCCAAACGAUCAGGCCCAAUUUUAGCAUCUUACAUAUUCGUGGCAAAAUUUUAUUUAGAGUAUGAUCUCAGGCUUAAUACAGUCGACAGGUAAACUCAAGAUUUUUGCGCCAUCAGCUCUACUGCAAUCAAAACUGCGUUGCUGGGCGAAUUUUUUUUCUUCGUGUCAUCAUCUCCGCACCGCGUGACAAGACGACUUACGUGGCACACUAAUCCUGCUCUUUGUCAACGUAAAGUUUAUAUUGAGUUGUUUAUUAGGAAACCUUCAACGGUAUAACUAAGAAGUAGGUGAGACCGAGAACUGUCCACAAUGAACAUCAACUUUCAGGAAGUUUGAAUUGUUUCGAAACCACUUUCGAGGCCAGUAAAAAAAAAAAAAUUAAAAAUGUGUGUAUUGUUCAUAGGUUGAUGUUUAUAGCUUUGGUGUUCUUCUUUGUGAAAUGUGCGUCCGGGAACUUCCAGAUCCUAGAAGGCGUGAAGAGCAAGUUCUGCUCAUGACGAACCACGUGUUGAGAGGCCUGGUACGGCGAUGCCUGCAGACAGAUCCUGAAGCGAGACCAACAAUGCAGGGGAUAAUAGAUGAACUUUCAAGAUCUGUGUAA